UGCAUCGUUUGGUCGAGUCUGGUUUGUGGCUUCACACCGGAAGUGAGCGAGAGCGAGCAGCAUGCAAGAUGGUGGCCACCAGGAGAGGAGUACGCGUGUACUCCCCGAGUAAAACAAACUCCGAUCAGGCCUCUGCUGUCCAGGCCACCCCAUCCACUGUUCGGAGAACCAGGAGGACUGCUAAGCAAGCGGAGAGUCCGAGCCGGCAUGGCCAGGAAGAGGAGACCAGCAGCCAGCCGGAGGAGAGCGAGGGAGCACCUCCAGUGUCUCCCCAGAGCCAAGCCUCAGUGAAAAGAUGUACCAGGGCUUCCAGACUCCACAGUCCGGAGCCGCCCUCCACCCCUGUGGGCUCCACCCACGAGGCUGACGUGUCCGACCUGGAGUCCUGCUGCUCCGCCGUGUCUGACAUCGAAAUGCCGGUCACACGCACCCGCGGCAGGAGGAGACAGCCCGGUUUAGUGACUCGGGAAGAGGAUGAGGUAUCUGAGGUAGAGUCUUGUUCUUCAGCGGUAUCCACCUCGAAAGCAGGGCAGAGCACUCGCCGCAGCACCAGGAAAACGAAGACACUCCCGGAGAGUUCGGCCGGCGCAGCGGCCGAGGUCGAGUCUUGCAGUUCUGUGAUGUCAGACUCCCAAAGAGUCACCAGGAGUCAAAGGAGAAGUGUUCGCACCAGGGCGUCAGCAAAAACGCGAACGGAAGACUCGGAGCUCUCAGACGCCGACAGCUGCAUGUCCGGCGUGUCCGCUGCUGAGGUGUCCGUGUCCUCCACCAGCAGAGCCGCUCGGUCUCGGAGGCGACCACAGCCCAUCCCCAUGCACCUGGACGAGGCCUCGGAGGGCUCUCAGUCGCCUGACCCAGGCGGUCGAAGAACCAGAGCUGCAAGAGGGAAGGCGGCAGCUACUGUUGUUGUCAGCGAGCCCCAGUCCUGUGAUUCUGAGGGCUUUGAGUCUGGGCCCACUCUGACUACACAGAGGACCACACGCAGCCAGGUUAAGGCAAGAUCCACAGCUCCCAAAGCCACAGACUCAGAGUCCGAAUUGACUGACGUGCAUUCUCCACUCGGUAGCCCCUGCUCCACGCGAGGCAGAGGGACACCCUGCAGCAGCCGCACAGGCUCUGGGAACAGUGGUCGAGCUGCUCCGGCCACUCGGCUGUCAGCCAAGGCUCUCAGCGUCGUGCUAGAGAGAACGAGCACCCCAAGAGCCGAGGAAGGAGAGGAAACAGGCGAAAGGGAGCCAAGUGUAACAGUGCCAGUGGAGACGAACUCCAAGGUGGGUAAGGUCACUGUAUCGGAGCCAGCAGAGGAGGAGAGUGUAUUAAAUGACUCUACGUUAGAAAGUACAGUGAUUGCUGACCAAGACAACACACUUUCAGAGGAAGAUAAGACCCUAAACUUAGAGGAAGAAGAGGAAGAAGUGAUAGAGGUUGGACCCCGAGGGAGUGUGACAAUGUCUGUUGACGCGGAGAUGAGUGAAUCUGCUGGUGCACUGCCAUCUAGCAGCGCUCCCCAAGAGUCUCCAGACACAAAAGAGACUGGAAAGUGGCACGCCGAAGAAGAAACCCAAGCUGUUAGUGUCGGUGAGCCUGCAGUGGCAGCCACAGACCAGCAGAGAGAGCCGUCUGCUGAGAAUGAGGUUGGAGACACCUCAGAGAUGGCACUGAUGCAGGAAACGGCCCCAUCAUCAAAGCCAGUGGAGCUCCCCUCUUCCCAGUCAGUUACAGUAUCAAUAUGUGAAAGGGCCGCCGCUUCUGAAGUCACAGCGGAGGCCGAAGAGAAGGACAAAGCCAUGGAAACAAGUGAUGUGGACGCCCACACAGACUCUCACCGAUCACAAGCAGAGAGACCGGAAGAUAAGCCUUCGGAUGGGGAUGCUGCUGUGGAAACGCUGCCAGGUGGGGAGGAGGAAAUGGAGGUUGGUUCAUCAGAUAGAGAUGCUCAGCAGGUGGUUAGCUCAGCCGAGGCCCCGCUUUCCCCCUCAAAGCCCAACCGAGUCCAGCCCGAGUCCAUUCAGGUCGCGUCACGCCGGGAGCAGAAGGUCACAGUGGAGCCCGUCUCCAAGCAGCAACCUGAGGAGGACGUUAUCGUCCAGAAAAAAGAACUGAUCAGUCUGCUGGAGAGCAGCGAGGACGAAGAUGAAUUUACAGAAGAAGACGAGGGGGAAACGUCUGGGGAGGAAGAAGAGGAAGAUGAUGAGCGCAUGGAAGAAGAAACAGCAGGUCCUUCCAAGACGCGCGAGGCAGCUUCUGCGUCAGUGGAGGGGCUGUUCAUGAUCGACACCCGCCCGGGGCAGGAGGCCAAUGAUCAGUACUUCAAGGAGGCUCUGGCUGAGGAGCGGGCCGACGCAAAGCGGGCAGACGCUGAGCAGGACGAGCAAGAUGAGGACGAGUUUAUAGACGAAGAGGGAGAUGAUGAUGAUGAUGAAGACGCACAAGUCCUCUUCUCCAGUAAAAAUCCACAGCUGAAAGAGCUGUCCAGCCGUAUUGACCCGGGCCUCAGAGUGAAGGAGCUCGGGGGUUUAUACAUCAAUUUUGAUGGCAGCAAAUCAAAACCUGUCUCCAGUUCACUGAAGAAAUUGAAGAAGCAGAAGAUCCACGAUGAGGUGAUGAAGAAGAGUGUGAUAGGUCCGGACUUUGAAAAGAAGGAUGCAGUGCCUCCGUACAGCGAAGCCAAGCAAGUUUUAAAAAAGAAACACAGAGUGGAGAGGGAGAAAACGACAGGAGACGGCUGGUUCAACAUGAAGGCGCCCGAGGUGACGAAGGAGCUGAGAGACGAUCUCAAAGUCCUUCAGAUGCGAGGCUCCUUGGAUUCCAAGAGGUUCUACAAGAAGAACGACAGGGACGGUUUUCCCAAGUACUUUCAGGUUGGCACUGUGGUGGACAACCCAGCCGACUUCUAUCAUUCCCGUAUUCCCAAGAAGGAGAGGAAGAGAACCAUGGUGGAGGAGCUGAUGGCUGAUGCUGAGUUCAGGCACAACAACAAAAAGAGGUAUCAGCAGAUCAUGAUGGAGAGAGCGGCACGUGGAGCCGGCAAGAGGAACAAGAAAAAGAAUAAAUUCCAUAAGAAGUAACCUGAAGACCUGGAGGGCCUUUUCACAGAUGAUCAGCUGCAAACCUGCCGCCGAGGCUGAGCUGCAGUGCGAGUUAGGAGCGUGAUUGAUGUGUUGGGACAUUUCCAAAUAAAGUUGGCUGUGUGCUGCUAUAAAUGGCUCAUCCCAGACCCUUCAUCUCCUGAGAUGUUGAGACAGUUUAAGUGGAGGUUGAUAAAUUAAGGUGGUUACUACAUACUACUACUACAAAUUAAAAGACUUCCAGUGAAAAGCUGAUUAAACAUGAAAAGUAACAGAUUUUUUUUUAUUAUUACCUUGUACAUUUAUCAGUAAAUAUGGUAGACAUGG